AGAUGACUUUUCGUCGUCAGCGAACACGUAGCCACGCCUUCACGCGACCAACCAAGAACAAGGACAAUAAUCGCCCGGGAAGAUAAGAUGAAAAUUGCCCUUCUCCUCCAAUUUGCCUUUCCGAUCGCGUUCCUGGCCUCAGGAGCUGAGUCGCUGACGCACCCUCAUGCUCUGGAAUCCUUCAAUCUCAGCUAUAUUCAGCAAGUGGGCAGCUGUUCUUACUCGGUGUUAAUUACGACAAGCUGCUCGUCGCCCUCGUACACUCGCGACCAGAUCAGUAUCGCCUUCGGUGAUGCUUAUGGCAAUCAGAUUUAUGCUCCGAGAAUUGAUGAUCCAUCAACAAGAACAUUCGAGCGGUGUUCCUCGGACACGUUCGAGAUACGCGGGCCAUGCGCAUACCAGAUAUGCUACGUAUACCUAUACAAGAGUGGGCCUGAUGGUUGGAAGCCCGGUAGUGUGACAAUCUACGGGCACAACUCGAAGGCUGUUACGUUUUCUUACAACACCUUCAUUCCGAAUGAAGUCUGGUAUGGGUUUAAUCUCUGCAACAGCGGUGCUCCAUCAAGUGGGACCAGAUUCAGGGUGAGCUUGGCCUAUGGGUUGUUAGCUAGUAUUGCCUUGUAUUUCUGGCAGUAGUCUGUCCAUAGAAUUUGAUCCUUGAAUUGAUUAAUAUCUCUUAAUAGCUUGGCUCUGAAAUUCGGUGUAUCUUUGUAGAAUACAAUGAUUAAUGAACUGAACUUCGUUUGGACAUGCCAUUGUAAAGAGCACGAUUCUCAUUAUGCAGAAGUUCCCUAUA